AUGGAUCCGACUCAACUUUGUUACGAUAUUGGUUUCGUCGGUCUACAGACCGAAGCGCCGGGGAGCCGCCCCUCAAGGGGCUGUCCUCACGACCUUCAGGAUCACAUCAAAGAUGCCAUUGCUCUGUCAGCACACAAGUAUACGCAUUCAGACCAACUCGCAGACGCAUGGUCGAACGAGAAUUACCACAUUUUUGACGAUGCUCAACCUUUCAAUUCACACGGAAUAUGGAGCAACGACAAUCCUCUGAGAACAUGGACCAACGAUGAAGAAUUCAUCAAAGACAAAAUUCGGGCUCUUUUUUCAGGUCUUACCCCUCGAAAGCCGAGACUAUCGAAUGCGGAGCUUUAUUCUGGAGGAUUUAAGCAGCCUGAGCACGACCGUAUCGACUCACAAGAGAUCACCACAGAUGCGUACCCGCGAAAAAUGACAGACAUAAAGGUUGCUAGUACGGCCGGACCCAUACAAAGGCUGGAGAGAAAGGAGCCAAAACUUAUGGAUGCUCUUCAACAGAGCGGAUUCAGCGGUUGCCUACCCCGAGUUUUCCCUUCCAGAAAAAGCCUAAUUCAAGCAACUCGAAGAUCGAUGGAGGAGAUGAAGCUCGAUUCUCCUCCUGGAUCAAUCGAACUCAGACCCGCUAAGAUCAAAGCUACUCAAGAAAAGGAGUAUAAGACACGGCUUGUUCUUGCAACUACGAAUGAGGAAGUGGUCGCAUUACAGCUUAGUUUUUCCGGCACUUCUGGCGGGUGGGCUAUAUUCGAGAAGUCUGAUCUAGACAUGACGGGUCGCUGCAUCUACGCGAUCACCUCACGUGGAAAUUGUCAGACAAGACGGGGUUACCAUGGAUGGCGAGGCGAUGGCCUCAAUUUCUCUCUGGAUGCUAUUGCUCAUAACGAAGGCGACAGUAACUUCCGGCCAAAGCAAUUGAAAAGCAAUUGUCCAGAUGGCUACUACAGCACCACAAAGAGUGAUACUAAGGCGUCGGCAGGAUCUAAUAUCAACAAUCAACCAGCGAAUAGGUCCGAAAAGAGUAGCGAUCAAGAAUCUAGGGGGCAUCGCCAACGACAAGGCACAAGCCAGCUUGGAAUUCAAAGCGACAGCGUUGACUUUGAAUGGGGUCCUUCACCAUCUACUCCUCGAUUGUUUAAUACCAAGGUCCAAUUACCCAGUCAUACAUCACCUGCACCAUCUCUGGCCAACCCUGACCAUCUGCAUAGAGAUGUGGCUCAGGGGUCGCUCAAGCGGCGCUAUUCUACAGUAUCCCUGAGACCGCAAAAUGAGUCCGACGAUAGCACAAGCGAUCGAUAUUCUCGCCAAGCCCAACGUAAGAAAGGGUCUGAAGCUUCGCGAGGCUCAAAUUUCCGGACUCAAGAGCCUUCACCCAAGCGGCACUCUGUGCGCGCGAACGUUGGCUCUUCUUCAAACACAUACCGUGCCUUGGGCACCAUGGUGAACAAUAAUUUGCAAGCUGUCACUACCGGCAACAGCCUUGACUCAUACAACCUCCAAUGCCUCGCCAGCCUUGCCAAAUGUAUUGAACAAUUGGAAAAACUGUCGCCACUCGCUAAUCAAUACGCAAAGCUUGCAAAGCGAGGUCUAUGGCCCGACCAUCAGGAGUCCAUAGAGACAGUUCAGGAUUCUAUAUCCGUGCAAGAAGAUGCCAAGGAAGUCUAUGAUCAGAUAAUGAAUAAGCGGGAAGCACUCAUUAGUACAGACUCCUCUAUCGUCACUGAGCGCAUCUUCACCCACGACGAGGACUUGACCAAUACUCCUCCUUCUCUCACUGAAUGGGCUUUUUCAGCGAAAAGCGCCCCUGAUCUCGUCGAUUGGGCUCUUUACACAAACGCGGGACUGAAUGUGAACAGCUCACGCCAACCUGAUACAUAA